GUCAGAUAGCGCAGUUAUCCGCUAAUGUCGUCUUCGGAAAUUCGGAACACGAACAAGUUAUUUCGGAUUAAAUGACAUUUCUUAUAAAGUUUGUAUUGAACACAGAAAAGUAUUACCACUAAUUGUAAGAUAUGUAGUUAUAUAAAAGUGUAUAAAAUUCCUCAGUAUAAUAGACUAUUCUACUUUUAAAUUAUUAUUAACUGUGUAUUCAGAUGUUUAUGUAAAAAUGCUCUCAAGAUUCCAUCACUAUCAUGGUUCUAAUAUUAUUUUAUUUGAAGACAAUACUGUAGCUUACAGAAAAGCAAGUUUUGCUGAUGGAUUGACCUUUAGUGAAAAACCACUCCUCCCAGGUGAAAUAUUCCUAGUCGAGAUAGAGAAAACUGAAAGAGGAUGGAGUGGUCAUAUGCGUUUAGGAUUGACGCUUUUAGAUCCACAGAGUGCCGCACUUGGUGACGGGGGUCUACCACAAUAUGCUCUUCCAGAUCUGGCGAGUACUGGUAUGUCAUGGAUAUUUCCAAUUUCGAAAUCUCAGAAUAAUGUUUUGAUUGAACUAGUCAAUCAAGGAGAGCUUGGAAGGCGAGAAAAUGAACCUCGCGUAUCUGUCUUGGGAGAUGGCCACAGUGUAAGAACUCCACGAGGCUAUAUAUCUAAGACAAUUCUCAAACCUCAAACACUUACUCAAAAUGGUACACCACAAGGUAUUUUACCUAUGGAUGCUGGAAGUCGCAUAGGUGUUAUGUUUGUGCCUUGUCCCAAAACAGACAGUGAAGACAGUGAACUGGCUGAAAUGCAUUUUAUAAUAAAUGGUGUAGACCAGGGACCAUGUACUAAGGCCAUACCUUAUAAAAGAGGGCCUUUGCAUGCUGUUAUAGAUGUUUAUGGAACUACAAAGCAAGUGAAAAUUGUGCAGCUAUAUGGAGUGAAAACACUUCAGAAUGUGUGUAGAGAUGCAAUACUUCAAUAUGUUAACAAUGGAUCAGUGAAAACAUUGCCUCUGCCCAAGUGCUUAAAGGACUUCUUACUUUCUUAAAAUACUAUUGCUUAAAGCAGCUUUUGUUUUAUGGUGAAGACAAUAAUAAUAAAUUAUGUAGCACAACAUAAUUUUGUAAUCUCUAAUGAAUUCGCUGGGUGAUAUUUUAACAGUGAAAAGAACUUUCAAGAAAAUGGGUUUUAUGCAGAAAAUGAAUAAAAUGGAAUAUUUUAGUGUUUAUUUUUCAUUAAGAGAUAGGUUGCAUCAAAGUGAUCUGUUAUUUUGUUAUUAAAAUUGUUAUGAUGAAACAAAUGAGUAGAUAGUGGUUAAAAAUGUAAUACCUGAACUUUACAUACAUUCUUCUGUUAUCAUAUUAUGUGAAUACUUACUACUUCAAAGUAUGAAUGUUUCAGUAUGACUGUGCAAUCACGGAGACUGAAUGGUUAUUUGUACAAGAUUGUACAUACUUGAGUCAUCAAUAUUUGUUCUGUAAUAUUUAAUUGUUUAUGUACAUAUAUUUCUCUCCAUGGAAUAAAUAUGAUGUUUUGAUGGGAUGAGCUGUUGUUUCAUCCAUUUAUUUAUAGCAAUUUUUAUUUUAAACUCUGUCUUUGUGUAUGUAUAUAAUGAAGUAAUGAAGAAUAUAAAAUGAAGCUUCAUUUCAUUAAAUUUAUUCUUUUAUAAGUUUAUUAUUU